AAGUGCCCUUCAUCUGUUUGGUAAAAUGCCUCCAAAUUAAUGGUAUUCUCCUCCACCAUUAAAUAUCCCCAUUUUCUCUUCAUCUUCAAGUCUCAUCAUCACCCCACCCACUCAAUAUAUACAUAUCAAGAAUCCAUCAAGAACCUUACAGAAAUUUCUUUAAUUUUUGAAUUAAUCCAUGGGGCGGUCGCCUUGUUGCGAGAAAGCUCACACCAACAAAGGUGCUUGGACUAAAGAUGAAGAUCAACGCCUCAUCAAUUACAUACGAGCUCACGGCGAAGGCAAUUGGCGCUCUCUCCCUAAAUCUGCAGGAUUGCUGAGGUGUGGAAAGAGCUGCAGAUUGAGAUGGAUUAACUAUCUGAGGCCUGAUUUAAAAAGGGGGAAUUUCAGCGAGGAAGAAGAUGAGAUUAUAAUCAAACUCCAUAGUUUGUUGGGAAAUAGAUGGUCUUUGAUAGCAGGGAGAUUGCCGGGAAGAACAGAUAAUGAAAUCAAAAAUUACUGGAACACUCACAUCAAGCGGAAGCUCAUUAGCAGUGGCGUCGAUCCACAAACCCACCGUCCUCUCAAUUCCGCCGCCGCCGCCGCGAUAACUCAAUUGGAUUUCAGAAAUUCGGCUCCUCCUCCUGCUCCUCCAGUGGCGCCGCCGUCAAAGGACAACUCUUCGUCGGCGCACGACACGAAUUGCAACAGCACCACGACGGAGGAGUCUCAAGCGGCGCCGCAGCAGCAGCGGGAAGACAGCGGCGGCGAUGUGGAUUUGGAGCUGUCGAUUGGGCUGCCUUCGCAGGCUAAGUAUAUGAAGAGUGCUUCUUUCAACUCGUCUUCUUCGGCAGAGUCGAAGUCGAUCCACAAGUUCUUGUGGCCGGCGUCGGAGGAGGUGGUGGCGCCGCCCUCCUCCUCCAUGUGCGUCUGUCGGACUCUGGGUUUUCAGAAGGGGCAGUUUGGUAAUUGCCAAUCUUGUAACGGAUUAUAUAGAUACUUAUGAUUUUAUAAUUAUUCUAUUGUAGAGUUUGUUUCCCAUGUAAAUUUAGAUACUCUAUUAAUUAAUGUUGCUUAUUAA